AGUAACUCGACCACUAACUCUACUAGUGAAAACCAGGCUUAUAGGAUAAUUUUGUAUGAUUUGCAGGAAAAUUGUUCGGAGUUCGAGGAGGUGGUGAGCAACCAGUGUGACGCUCUAAUCCAGGCGAUAGAGCAGCGUCGCCAACAGCUGAUCGAAUACAUUCGUCAAGACAAGGACAUGAAGGUGAGAGUGCUCAAGGACCAGGUCUCCAUGUGCACUUGCAAGCUCCAGCACACCACUUCGCUCAUUCAGUUCUGCAUCGAGGCACUCAAAGAGACUGACUCGGCUGCUUUCCUACAGAUCGGUUCAAUGUUGAUAAACCGAGUGGCCAACGUGGAUAUAACGUGGCACAAAGACGUGACGGCAACGCCUCGUGUGUCCUGUCAGUGCGACCUCACACUAGACGAGAAAUCAGUCGCCAGAGCCAUCGAUCAGCUCAACUUUAUUCAAAUGAAACCUGCUGAGGAUGGGAAGGAAAGAUUACCAGCAGCGCCGACUUCGCCGUCUAUCAUACCAGAGGAGUGUAGUGCGGAGAACAACAGUGUUACCGUUGCCUGGCAACCGCCGCCCACUUCAUACGUCGAGGGUUACGUGCUUGAACUGGAUGACGGUAGUGGCGGAGAAUUCAGGGAGGUGUAUUGCGGAAAGGAAACUAUUUGCACUGUUGAUGGUCUCCAUUUCAACUCUAUGUACAACGCAAGGGUAAAGGCGUUCAAUAGCACUGGUGAGGGCGAGUACAGUGAACUUAUUGGACUCCAAACUGCCGAAGUUGCUUGGUUCACAUUCGACCCGUGCUUGGCGGGUGGCCCCGAACUGUGCUUCUCCGAGGACAACGUGAGUGUGACGUGUGAAGGCUACGAGCAUCGUGUGGCGUUGGCCAGCGUCGGCUUCUCACGCGGCAUCCACUACUGGGAGUUCUCCAUUGACCGCUUCGACGCAGACACCGAUCCCAGCUUCGGCGUCGCUCGGCUCGAGGUCUCCAAGGAUCAGAUGCUUGGGAAAGACGACAAGGGCUGGAGCAUGUAUAUAGACAAGCAGCGCUCGUGGUUCAUGCAUGACAGCGUGCAUGAUCAGAGGACGGAGGGAGGAAUCCACCAGGGAUCGACGGUCGGAGUGCUGUUGGACUUGGAGAGGCAUCAGCUCAGCUUCUAUGUCAAUGAGGAACCCCAGGGUCCGAUUGCUUUCCACGACCUCUACGGAGUGUUUUACCCGGCGGUCAGCGUGAAUCGUGGCGUAUCAGUCACCCUACACACCGCCCUUGACGUCCCAUCAGACUCUGACGACACAUGAGUCAGAAUUCCCGGAGUCCAGUAACUAACCAACUGAACUCCACAACUAAUCAAAAUAAUAUCUUCACUUGGCGUCGUUUGAUCCUGUUUCAUUUUGACGCAAGGAGCGGAGGAGAUAUUUGACAUCUCUUCAAAUGUAGAUUGGAAGUUCAGCAGAAUGUUGACACUCUCAGGAUCAGGAAGACUGUCUUGUAAAUAUUGAAUUAUAUUGUAAAUUUAUCGUCAGUCGAUUGGUAGAUUCGAGGUGUGUUGAGGUGCGUACAGAUUUAAGCGCCGCGAACACGAGCAAUUCACUUCUCAUCAGAUUAUCAUAUCUGUAUUUAUACAGAAACGGUUAGAUACAGAUAUAAAAAGCUUGACAUCAGCUGAUUGAAAGUGAAUUGCUCGUGUUAGCGGCGCGUGAAUUUGUACGAACCUUUAUAAAGCUGCGAACAGACUUUUACUCCAACAGCAAUUUUGCUUUUCAUCAGCUGAUAAAAUUCGUAUGUGUACAGAAAGAUACAGAUAUGAUAAGCUUAAUAUCAUAUGAAUGCACGUGUUCGUGGCGCAUAAGUCUGUACGCAGCUUAUGAAGAACGACCUGCAUAGAUGCUAUACCGGUACCAUAUUGUUUCAUUAUCAUAGUGAACUUAAUGCGGAGUGAGGUGUUUAUUAACAAGCAUGAUAGGAUGUGCAUGCUGUUAUAAAUUUAUCAAUAUUGUCAAGAUUAUUGAAUAGUAACUUUUAUUUUCAGGGCUACUGAAAGUAUUGAAUUACAAUAUAAUAUAAUAAGUACUCUUUUAUUUUAUCACAACACAGUGUUGUGUGGGUACUUGAUAUUAUAUUCUAUUGUAUUUAAAAAUUUGAAGUUUGACUGUACAUUUGCCAAUCUCUUCCAUUUUACUCUCUCAAAUUAUUUUCUCUUCCCAAUCAUUUUAUUGGGAAAAUAAGUUGAGAGCGGAAGCCAUUUUAAUUUGAUCCUAUAAAUUAUUGUGAAAUUCCAGUUUAUUAGGAAAAUAAGUUGAGAGCGGAAGCCAUUUUAAUUUGAUUCUAUAAAUUAUUGUGAAAUUCCAGACUGAAAAGCAAAGAGAUGAAUAAAAAAUCGUCGAAAGCGAUUAACUAGUCAAUCUUCUCCUUUACUUUAAAAUGGGAAAUUGCAAUGAGAAGUAUUCUAUGAAUUGAGUUCAUAAAUUGCCUAAUGGAAGUCAAUUUCCAUAAAAAAAAUAAUAGUGGUUUCGUUCAAAAUAGCACAGUUUCUCUAAUUAUUAUACUUGAAUUAUACUUCUAUUUAUUACUAUCCUCUGAGUUCUGCUUUCCCGAGUUAGAAAAUCGCCCAAUUAAUAAAAUUGGAUCGGUUUAGAAACCUUUACAGAAUUUUCUAUUACAGAGUAAAUAUUGUAUUUCUAUCUAUAAAUAUGUACUCACUAUUAGCAGUCAGACUGCUUAUAGUAAGUGCAUUUGUCACAUCAUUAGGCCCGGUUGCACAAAAGCCGGUUAAAUUUUAAUAGUGGAAUUAAUCACGGUUAAAAUUUAACCGGCUUUUGUGCAACCGGCACUAAGUGUUUUAAAACUUUAGUUUGGGAUUAAUAGUGGAAAUGUAUGGAUAUGCAAUACAAUGAGUUAUAAAUACAUAUGUGCUGGCUUAACACACAAUUUAUAGGCCUAGGCAUAAUAUCAAUCAACAUAUAUAGAUGAAAUUCACAACAAUUCUAAAGAUGUAUUAGAUAUUCCAUUUUUCAAGUUAUCUUGGUGUGUUUAAAAUACGAUAAGUGUAUUUCAGUGUUCUAUGUUAAUUU